AUGGCAGGUUCUGACCUCAUAGGACGCAAGGCAGCUUUCAACGCGACGCUCUUUCUCACAUCUGUCUUCGGUGUCCUCGCGUCCUUUGCGAACACCUUUGUGCUGCUAUGUGUGGCCCUAUUCUUCCUCGGAAGUGCCGUGGGGGGAUCAAUGCCGACUGACGGGACGCUGUUGCUCGAGCACAUGCCGAACGGCAAGCAGUAUCUCGUUACUGCGCUCUCUGUUUUCUUCUCCUUCGGCUCCGUCCUCUCAGCCGUCGUCGGCUUGCUUGUGAUACCCGGGCAUUCCUGUCGGCAACAGGAGGCACUAGAGUCGCUGCAGCUCAUCGCGAGGUUCAACGGGGACGAUCUCGAUCUUGGAUUGGAAGACGUCCAGGACCACGCUCCCGCAGCGGUUCUUGGAGAUGGGAUCUCCGCCUCUCCCACGCGCAUAACCCACGAUGCAGAAAGCGCAUUUGGUAAUCCAGACCAAGACUCGUCUGCCCUGGUGUUCGAUGCUGACAGCGCCGACGGUGACGUUGCAGAGGUGGCGCGCCGGUCGCUUUCCUCCGCACGCAGUCGCGACAUGUUGCGCAGCGCACCCGAGUCCGAUUCGAAAAAUUACGACGCGAUGGGCGAGUCUAACGUUCCUCUAAACGGGCACCAAUACGACACGCUGCCGCGUCGAGGAUCGACAUAUCAUGUAGACUCGUCGCGCAUGCACGACGAGACAGACGAGGCGAAGGAACCCUUAGUCGCCGAUCCGGCGCCCCCUUCGCCAACCGAGCAGCGCACCCCACGGUUGCGCCCUGGGUAUCAAGAGAGGAUCAGUCAGAGGAUGUCUACGACGUCGUCAAUGUACGAGGCGAGGUCAAAGCUCUAUUGGAAGCUGCCGCGUCGGGUGCGCAAGCCUGUAUGGGCUUUCGUGGACCGGAUCGCGAUGGUGCUGUCGCCGGAGUGGAUGCACACGACGUUGCUGGUGUGGGCGGCGUGGUUCGCCAUGUCACUGGCAUACACAAUGUUCAACGUGUAUCUACCCAAGUUGCUCGAGGGUCGUGGCGCUUCCGACAUUACGGCGACCACUCAGAACAGCCUUGAGGAUAGUUUGUGGGAUGUCGUCAUAUACGCUGUCGGCGGCUGUCCAGGCGCUAUCUUGGGUGCCUAUUUGAUUGAGUCACCUCUGGGGCGUAGGUGGUCGCUCGCUGGAAGCACCUUCGUGACCGCGUUCUUCUGUGUCAUAUUCGUGUGGGUCGAACAGUCGUGGGCGGUGCGAGCCAGUACGGUGGGCAUCGGUCUGAGUGCAACCGCGAUGUGGGCUGUGUUAUAUGGUUGGACGCCGGAGAUGUUCGGUACCAAAGUACGAGGUUCUGCGUGCGGAAUUGCGUCCGCACUAUCACGAAUAGAAAAAGGGUGGUCCUUCACCAUCUUUGGGCGGCGUCCCCGCAACGCGCCUCUCGAGCACGACGACAAAUCGAUAAUUUCGAGGUCGGUCCACUUGAAAAAAACAGAGACACCCGUCAUGGACACGGACCAAAUUUUAGAUCAUUCAGCGCAGACAGCUCUUGGUGCUAGUAAUGAGUUACUAUGCAAGUGCGACUGUAAGACGACCAAAAAACAUACAGAAGGAUGGGCGUUCAUUAUGCACAAGUAUGGUCGAGUAAUAAUUCCUUGUUCCUCGGGUGCGGUUUACUGGCACAGAGGCAACUGGUCGAGUACAGAUAAUGAGGUAGCCCUUGAAGAAAAAUACGCUAUAACCUCUCUGGGUACUGGGAUCAUCAUCGUGAUCCCGAAGGCGAAGGGGGAAGACCGCCUUAGAGCGCUUGGUGCUAUUUACAGCCUCGCCGUGCCAUCGGAUUUCUCAAAACUCGACCUUGUCGUGGUUGAUCUAGAUCCACAACGUUGUUUUAUCGCUGCGACAUCGUUCCACUCCUCAGAUUCCGCUCCUUCGAACAUAGCGGGACUGAAGUAG